AUGGCGACGACCAAGACCCUCGAAGCUCGGUUCGAACAUCUGUCCAUGAAAGAUGAGAAGGAAAAUGGAAACAGUGAUCGAAUCUAUGGCAAGCAAAAGGCUCCGGUCUCUUCAGCCCAGUCAAACAGCAACUCGAAUCGAGCUCAACUACUGAAACUAGCUCUUCAAAAUAACAAUGAAAACAAGGCAAAUGCCAUGAACGUUCCAGCCUCGCCAGGCAGGGGAUCCCACGGGGCAUUGGUGACCCGUAGCACCGAUGAAAAUGGUGACAAGCGCACAUCUUCUUCCCUCUGCGAGCAGCCAACUGUCCCCAAGGAUUUGCACUUGGGAAUGUUUGAAAUUGGAAAGCCUUUGGGCAAGGGCAAGUUUGGCCGGGUUUAUCUUGCCAAAGAACGGUCUUCCGGCUUCGUCUGUGCACUAAAGGUGCUGCACAAGUCUGAGUUGCAACAGGGUGGUGUUCAGAAGCAAGUUAGGCGUGAAAUUGAGAUUCAGAGUAACCUGCGGCACCCUAAUGUGCUGAGACUCUACGGUCACUUCCAUGACAGCAAACGAAUCUUCUUGAUCCUUGAAUUUGCUGGCCGUGGCGAGUUGUACAAGCAUCUUCGCAAGGAGCAUCGAUUCCCAGAAUGGAAGGCCGCACAAUAUAUUGCCCAGAUGGCCGCAGCAUUGAAAUAUCUGCACAAAAAGCACAUCAUGCACCGUGAUAUCAAGCCUGAGAACAUCCUUGUUGGCAUUCAUGGAGAGAUCAAAAUUAGUGAUUUCGGCUGGAGUGUCCACGCCCCCAACAACCGCCGCCAAACGAUGUGCGGAACUCUCGAUUAUUUGCCUCCAGAGAUGGUCACUCCUGGCUCCAAGGAUAAUUUCUACAGCGAGAAAGUGGAUUUGUGGAGUCUCGGUGUCUUGACUUAUGAGUUUUUGGUCGGCGAAGCUCCGUUCGAGGAUACUCCUAUCAUGACCCAACGACGGAUUGGAAAGGCGGAUAUGUCAGUCCCGUCCUUCGUGAGCCCAGAGGCGAAGGAUCUCAUCAAGAGACUUCUUGUUCUUGAUCCCGCGAAACGAAUCCCGCUUGAGGAGAUCCAGCGACAUCCUUGGAUUAUCAAGCACUGUGCGAAAGAUGAUCGGACCGUGAAGCGGAGUUCGGGUUCUUCCAAGGAAGGCAAAGCAUGA